AUGGGUGACUCUAAGAAACCUCCUCCUCUUUCUCUUCUGCUUCUUCUCCUCCUUGGUGUAGCUGCUCAUCUGAGUGCAGUUGCUGAAGCAGAUUUCGACGAUAGUCAGUUCGGCCGUGGCCCUUUCGGCCGUGGCCCCUUCGGCCGUGGCCCCUUUGGCCGUGGUUGCCGUUUUCGGGGCUGUGAUCGUGGUUUCGGCGGAGGCCCUGGCGGCGGUCGUGGUUUUGGAGCCGGUGCCGGCGGUGGCCUUGGUGGUGGCCUUGGUGGUGGCGCUGGCGGAGGCCUCGGUGGCGGAGGCGGCAUUGGGGGAGGCGGCGGGCUUGGAGGUGGCGAUGUUGGAGGUUUAGGUGGUGGCACCGGUGGUGGAGUUGGCGGUGGUGGAGGACUUGGUGGUGGUGGAGGCCUCGGCGGUGGAAGUGGCAGUGGAGGAGGGAUCGGUGCUGGUGGAGGAUUAGGUGGUGGCGUUGGGGGUGGUGUUGGUGGCGGCGGAGGGUUUGGAGGAGGCGGUGGUGGCGGUGCCGGUGGUGGUGUCGGUGGCGGCCAAGGUGGAGGGUUUGGAGCCGGUGGAGGCGUGGGUGGCGGCGCUGGUGCUGGAGGAGUUGGUGGUGGUGGAGGAUUGGGUGGAGGCGGUGGUGGUGGUGGCGGUCUUGGUGGGGGAGGUGGUCAUGGUGGAGGAUUCGGAGCUGGCGGAGGAGUAGGCGGUGGUGCUGCAGGAGGAGUUGGUGGUGGUGGAGGAUUAGGCGGCGGCGGCGGUGGCGGCGGUGGUCUUGGUGGAGGGAGCGGUCAAGGUGGAGGAUUCGGAGCUGGCGGAGGAGUAGGCGGUGGAGCUGCAGGGGGAGUUGGCGGUGGCGGAGGAUUCGGCGGUGGCGGCGGGGGCGGUCUUGGCGGUGGGAGUGGUCACGGCGGAGGAUUCGGAGCUGGCGGAGGAGUAGGGGGUGGUGCUGCAGGGGGUGUUGGUGGUGGUGGAGGAUUAGGUGGCGGCGGUGGUGGUGGCGACGGUCUUGGCGGAGGGAGCGGUCACGGUGGAGGAUUCGGAGCAGGCGGAGGAGUGGGCGGUGGGACUGCAGGAGGAGUUGGCGGUGGCGGAGGAUUCGGUGGGGGCGGCGGGGGCGGUCUCGGCGGUGGGAGCGGUCAUGGUGGAGGAUUCGGAGCAGGCGGAGGAGUAGGCGAUGGGGGCGCAGGAGGCGUUGGCGGGGGCGGAGGAUUCGGCGGUGGAGGCGGGGGUGGUCUCGGCGGUGGGAGUGGUCACGGCGGAGGGUUUGGUGCUGGUGGGGGUGUAGGAGGUGAUGCUGGUGGCGGCAUUGGCAGCGGUGGUGGGCUAGGGGGCGGAGGAGGCGGUGGGUUGGGCGGGGGAGCCGGCGGUGGUGCCGGAAUUGGCGGAGGAGCCGGCAGCGGCCUCGGUGGGGGAGUAGGUCAUGGUGGUGGCCUAGGCGGAGGCGGAGGCGGAGGCGUCGGUGGUGGAGUCGGAGUUGGGAUCGGUGUUGGAGUCGGUGUCGGAUUCGGAGGCGGUGCUGGUGCCGGCGGCGGCGGCGGCGGACAUUAA